UCUAGACUUAAGACCUCUACUUUUCCUUCUUUGUAGCUUUGUCGAUCCUACAAGUCCUUGUAUAAUAUCGCCGCAGAAUAUUCUACACUCGUUUGCUUACGUCCACUCCUUGGCAUAUACCAUCGAGGCGCAGCAGUAACUCGUCUGGUGACGACGCAACCCGGUCAAGCUGGGCUACUAUACCUAUCAUAUCAACCCCACUCAUCGGCCUUGUACUGAGAGCUUCUUGGCUCCUCCAACAACAGUUUUCGACUUGCGCGACGACAACUUUCUAUCCCUAUUCCUGUUUGUGCAUUGUAUCUCUUGAGCUUUGUUUGAGUGUAUCAAGAUGGGUAUCAACAAUCCCCUCCCGUCGUCUAUGGCGUCGGAAUGUAAGAAGUGCGGCAAGAUCCUGACUUCCUUUAUCAACCCUCGCCAGUCUUUCGGUCCCGACAAGGUCAUUCCUCCAUCCAUCCUCGCCAAUGCUAAGGGCCUUGCCAUCAUCACCGUUCUCAAGGCCGGCUUCCUCGGCUCAGGCCGUUUUGGCAGCGGUCUCGUCGUCGCCCGACUUCCCGAGGGCGGUUGGAGUGCCCCGAGCGCUAUUGCGACCGCCGGAGCCGGCUUCGGUGGUCAAGUUGGUUUCGAAUUGACGGAUUUUGUCUUUAUUCUGAACGAUUCGAGCGCCGUCCGGUCCUUUGCUCAAGCUGGCUCUUUGACACUAGGUGGCAAUGUUUCCUUGGCAGCUGGUCCCGUUGGUCGCAAUGCCGAAGCAGCCGGUGCUGCUUCGCUGAAAGGUGUCGCCGGCAUCUUCAGUUACUCCAAGACCAAGGGUCUCUUUGCUGGUGUUUCCCUCGAGGGAUCUGCCAUCAUUGAGCGCCGUGAUGCUAAUGAGAAGAUGUACGGCCAGCGCUUCACGGCGCAGCAGCUCCUCACCGGUUCUGUGAGGCCACCCCCUCAAGCUGCCCCUCUCAUGAAUAUCCUUAACUCGCGCGUUUUCAACGGCAUGAGAGGCGGUGGUGACGACGCCAUGUACAACGACAUUCCUGUAUACGACGAUCAGCACGACGAUGUUGUGUGGAACGGCCGUCGAGGAUCCGCGAUGGGCGAGGGCGUGCAGCGCGAUCGUACAGGCUCAGGCUCAUACGAUGAUAGCUUCGGACGACCCAGCCGGUCGAAUACAUGGCAGGACGAUGUAUACGACAGACCAGGCGGUUUUGGUGGGCCCACGCGUUCCAGCACAUUUGCUUCUGGUGGCGGAGCGAACAACGACUACGUUUAUCGUGACAAUCCCACAGGAGGUUCGGGAGGGUUCGGCGCCGAAAAGAAGGCUGGCCCUGGACGGCCAGCGGCUCCCAAGCCCAACUUUGGUGCCAAGCAAGCAAUGCUUAAGAAGAACGAGGCAGUUGCUGUGUACAACUUUGACGCGGAUCAACCAGGUGAUCUGGGUUUCAAGAAGGGAGAUGUCAUCACUGUACUAAAGCGAACCGAGAGUGAUAACGACUGGUGGACCGGACAAAUUGGCACAAGAACGGGCAUUUUCCCCAGCAACUAUGUCAAGAUGAAGGAGUAACGGCUGUUAUCUUUGUAUCGAUUUAAAUACCCUUUAGGCACGUUUCGGAUGGAUACCUUAUGAAUACGACGGCUUUUUUGUCUUUUGUCUAUCUUGGAAAAUGGCGGUUGCAAAAGACUGUACAGUUUUACACAUCAUGCGUCCUCCACAAGCUUUUGAAUCAACAAAAACCUACAUAUUUGUAGCAUAUGGAUGUUUUAUUACCUCUGAACCGUCACUGAACGGUGUAUCUACUAAUAUGAUCCAGCCAAUACAUGGGCAGGCGUGCUGGUUAAUAGGUAUCUAAGCUCGUGAUCUCUCCAUGAGAUCUAUCAAACCAACAUAUCGAACGUUCCCAACUUGAGCUUUAGGCACGCAAUAUGGACAAGGCCU